UAUUGCUCUUCCUCUGCAGUUCAACGUGUUGGAGGAAAUCUCACGUGUGUGUGAGAGAGAGCGUGUCUGUCGUGUUAAAGUGGAGAAUCGCUGUAAUAAAGCUGGUUCAGUUGCUCUAAUCUGGUGGAGGGAGAGAGGAGUGAGGAGUGGAGGAGUCUGGUAACUCGGAUCAGUAGAGAAUAAAACUACAGGAUCAGUCAUGGGCAGAAAAAUUGACCCCACCAACAAGGUGAAACGAGGACCUGGAAGGAAGGCUAGGAAACAAAAGGGGGCGGAGACAGAGCUGGCCAAAUUUAUUACAGACGAUGAGCCUAAAAAACUGUCCAGCAGAGCAAAGAAACGUGCUUUCAAAAGAACGCAAGUCACUGUGAAACCCAAAGAGGAAAAACAACCCAAGAAAGGGUUUUCUGAUGAGAAUAGUGAGUGGUUGACUCCAGCAAAGCGAAAACGUAAACUUGAACAGUCAGAAGGAGAUGAGGAUAGUGACAGCCAGUGGGAGGAUGAGGAGGACCUGGAUGAAGAGGAAAAAGAAGAGGUAGAAGCGAACGAGGAUGAGGAUGAUGAUGGUGAUAUGGUGGACGACUAUGGAGCAAUGGAGGACAGCAGUGAAGCAGAGGAAGCGGAAGGAGCAGACAGUGAGGAAGAGGAGCUGCUUCCGAUUGAAAGAGCAGCUAGAAAACAGAAAAAAAUGCAGAAAGCAACAACACAGGAAGAGGAUGAGGACGACGAUGAUGAUGAUGAGGAGGAGGAGGAGGAUGAAGAAGAUGAUGAUGAAGAGAGUGAAGAUGAAAAAAUGGAUGACAAAGAGGAUGAGGACGACACCAUACAGAUGAAUUUGGAUGGAGUGGACAAAUUUAAACUGCCUGGUGCUUCAGAGAGAGAGAAAGAGGAGCUUGUACCUCUAGAUCUGCAGAGCAUCCACCAGAGGAUUAAAGACAACGUGGACGUGCUCUCUCACUUCAGUGAGAAGAGGGAGGAGGGGAAAGAGAGAACAGAGUACCUCUCUCUGCUGAAGUCUGACAUGUGCACUUACUACAGCUACAAUCCCUUCCUCAUGGGAAAACUCAUGGACCUGUUCCCACACUCUGAGCUUGUCGACUUUCUGGAGGCCAAUGAAAUCCAGAGACCUGUCACCAUUAGGACCAAUACCCUUAAAACCAGGAGGAGAGAUUUGGCUCAGGCUCUAAUUAAUAGAGGUGUAAAUCUUGAUCCUCUGGGAAAGUGGUCUAAAGUAGGCCUGGUCAUCUUUGACUCCUCAGUCCCCAUAGGUGCAACUCCUGAGUAUUUAGCUGGGCAUUACAUGCUUCAGGGAGCUUCAUCACUGCUGCCUGUGAUGGCACUGUCACCCCAGGAGGGGGAGACCGUGUUAGAUAUGAGUUCAGCUCCAGGAGGAAAGACCACUUAUAUGGCUCAGCUGAUGAGAAACACAGGUGUGAUCAUUGCUAAUGACGCCAGUGCAGAUAGACUGAAGAGUGUUGUGGGGAACAUCCAUCGUCUGGGUGUUACAAACUCCAUCAUCUGUAACUAUGACGGCAGACAGUUCCCCAAGGUCAUGGGGGGUUUCGACAGAGUGCUGUUGGAUGCUCCUUGCUCGGGUACAGGGGUCAUCUCCAAAGACCCAGCAGUGAAAACUAGCAAGGAUGAUUCAGAUAUUCAGCGCUCUGCUCAUCUACAGAAGGAGCUGAUUCUGGCGGCCAUUGACUCUGUUAAUGCAGAAUCUCAGACUGGUGGCUACCUGGUCUACUGCACCUGCUCUAUUAUGGUGGAGGAGAACGAGUGGGUGGUAGACUAUGCCCUAAAGAAGAGAAAUGUUAAACUGGUUCCCACAGGAUUAGACUUUGGCAAAGAAGGCUUCACCAGAUUUAAAGAGAAACGGUUCCACCCUUCACUCAAGCUCACGCGAAGGUUCUACCCACAUUCUCACAACAUGGACGGCUUCUUCGUGGCAAAGCUGAAGAAGUUCUCAAACACCAUCCCCACUGCACCAGCAGACCAGAAAGAAGAAGAAGAGCCUGCCGAAGAAGAAACUCCAGUUGCAUCAGAGGAACCCAGCAAAAACAGCAAACCUGCAAAGAGCAAACCUCAGCAGAAGAACAAAAGCCCAUCACAGGAGAAAACAGAGACCAAGCAGACAUCGAAGACCAUCAGCGACAGCAAAACAACAGAAAAAGUGGUUUCCAAGAACAAGCCAGCAGUAAAAAGUAAAAAAUUAAAAGACGACGGCCCCAAACAGAAGAAAAUCGCCAGAAUGGACGAAGAGGAUUCCAAGCAAGACAAAAAGACCAAGGAAAAGCUCCUCAAAGUCUCCAAAGUAGACGAAGAGACCUCAAAGAAGUCUGAGGCUGGGAAGAAAGAAGAAAGCUUGCUGACGAAGACAAACAAAAAUAAAAAGAAGCUUUUGCAGAAAAAGAGUAGAAUGGGGAAAAAUAAAUUUAAGACCCUAAAAAAGAUGCUUAAGAAACAAGAGUCUGGAUUGUAGAAUGUGUUGUUAUCUCAGAGCAGAUAUGAGAGCAGCUUUCUGACUCAACGUGAUUCUGGGGAAGACAAAAAAUAGCCGAUACUAAACCUGUGUGACUUUAGUGUCUAUCUGUCAUAUUGACCUCUCCCAGAGACGUUGAGCACAACUGUGGACAAAAUAUUUCCUCUGAAAUAAGACGUCUGUGUCUGCUAUGGCUGUAUGAUCACAGAAGGAUUCAGACCCUGGACUGUUAAAAUCACAGUAUAUUGUGAAGAACAGUAUAUGAAUAUACAUAUUGUCUACAUACAUAUUGAGUUAUGUGUAUGAAUCUGAUUUCAUACUUUUUGUUCCGUCAGAACCGUUGCAGUGAUUAGGGGGGGAAGAAUGCAUGAAUUUUGAGAGUCAGAUUUAAAGAGAAUCUUUUCUAACGUUAAAGGUUUAAAUGUUUUUCUCGUGUUUAUGUUGUCCCUGAUGCUGCAGUGGCAGAAUAAACUUUAAUACAAGAA